UUUAAUGUUCCCGCGGCUGUUUUGGCGGGGCGUCCAGAUAUUCAGUAGGGCGUCAGUCAGGCCCUUUUGGUGGAGGCCGGACCGGGGCGUGGCGGACCGGACUGCUGUAAGAGGGCUCAAGGGGCAGGAGGAGGUGGAGUUGCGACGACAGAGUCGAAAGCAAAACUGGUGGAAAUCUGCCAAUCUGCACUUGUUGGAUACUAAGAACUGUUCGUUUGCUUCUAGCCGCGGUUAGGCGGCUGCUCUUGAGAAAAGAGCUGUUGGCUUUUUUCAUUAACACUACCAGAUUGAGCAUUCAUUUAAGUAUGGGACAAGACCUGUUCACCUACACUAUAAAUACAAAACCUGCAUCUAUCUGCGCUUAAAGAUGGCUGCUGUAAAGAAAGCCUCAAAAACAAAGUCUGGCAAGGUGCGCUUUUCAGAGGAGUCCGCUGCUGCCAGCCAUGUACAUUUUGAUGAAAAGCUGCAUGACUCUGUAGUCAUGGUAAUACCACAGACAGAUGGAAACUUUCUGGUGAAGGUUGGAUUUCUAAAAAUUCAGCAUAAGUAUGAAAUUGUUUUCAAAUUACCAGAAAUUAACAGUCUGGGAAAAGAUAUAUGUGCAGCUCCACUGCCCAAUACCAACCUCAAAGUGAGCAAGAUCAGCCCUGUACCAGAAGGUGGUCUCAGACUGUUUUGUGAAUAUACUGCCCAUAAGGAGGGUGUUAUCAAGGAUGACAUUGUUCUUAUCAGUGAAACCAGUGAAAAGGGGUCUGUUAAAGUUGUGAUCCAAGCACGUGUAAUGGAUCGCCAUCAUGGAACGCCAAUGCUCCUGGAUGGGGUUCGCUGUAUUGGUGCUGAGCCCGAGUACGACUCCGAACAGAGUGACUGGCAGGGAUUUGACUAGUUGCACCUGUUCACAGUAUAGCCUUUAAGCUGGGGGGUGGUGGAUCAGGGGUAGUUUUUGGGAUUUUAAAUACCUGUAAAAACCCAGUUUUUAUUUUUUUAAUGUCUUUUUGUUCUUCUUGUAACAUGAGUUUUUUUGUUUUGUGUUUUUGUUUAUUAAGGUUUUGUAUAUGAUGUCUUUUAACUUGGAUGUAUUCAGAAAUGUCAGGUUGGUAAAUAAUUAGGCCUCUUUGUCUUAUUGCUGUAUUCUUUCUUACCUGGGUUAACCUCUAACUUUUGAUGUUUGACAAGGGUGUCCUUGCCACAUGUAAAGCUACUGGUCUGAAUUUUAAAGCUUGAAUGUAGUCUUGCAUGAGGAGGUACCUUGAAACUGUGUUCCAUUCUGCACACAUGUAGUGUUCUUUUGCUAUCUAGGCUGCACAUUCAUGCUGCCUAGACAGUGUCUUUGUUUUUUGACGUCUUUGUGCCAUGAGGGUAACCUUUCUCCCUCUCUCCCUUUGAGCCAUGUGUUUAGCAUACUUCAGUCAGUGUGUUCCAUAGUAGUAAUAUCAAAUGUUAUCUAUGUUGUUAAAAUAAAACUUACUUGGUAGAUGAAUGUGUGAUACUGACCACAAGCAAUUGCUUUUUGAAAAUAAUUCAAGGACUUAGUAGUAGAGUAAGAAGUGGGUUUCAUUUAAAUAGUUUGUCCUCUUGGACAAUGAAUGAUUGCACAAAUUUGAGUGCUCUGCUUUGUCAACCUUGCCAAUCAGUGCUGUGGUAUAUUCUAACUUGCAAGUUUCAAAAACCUCUUCUCCAUAUAAUUCUGCAUUACUUGUGCACACAGUUAAGUAGAUGUGUGUGUUUAUGUGAAUGUAGGUUGAUAUGUUCAGCAUGGAAUUGGUUGGCAAUCUCAUUACUUUAAUAAUGUCCACUUGCUGCGCUUAUCUAGGAGAAAUUUGUAUUUACAAUGUAUCUGUUUGUGUCCAAGGGCAUGUGUAUACCUAACUUGAAACUGUCUUGGACAUAUUUAUUUCUGCCGUUUUGUUGCCUUUAUGUCCAACAGCAUACUAUGUACUGUUUGGACUGAUUUUAAGAAAAAAAUCAGGUCAGUUUUUGUGUGCAACUCCUACACAAACACAUUAUGGAGUGUUUAAAUAGGGGUUAAUGCCUUAGAUGCAUACAGGUGUGUAUAUAACUUUUCUUACUUUUAAGACAUGGGUCGGCAACCAGAGGAAUAUGUGUUUUCAUAGUGUUUUAAGCGUUGGAUCACACUAGUGACCAUCCCAAGGAAAAGUGCUCACUACAACAAUAGUUUUUAAUAAUUCUGGAUUUUCUUUGUUACAGGAAGGUAGCUGGAUCUGUAAGUUGAUCUAAAUGUGAAAGUAAUUUCAUCUUAAAUGGUCCUAUAUACUGCAUGGCUUCUGAUGGUUUUGUCCGCAGACAAUUAUUAAUUCCUUUGAACUCAACCGUAGCCUCUCAGAUUUGGUACGUGGGUUUGCUUGAGUAUCUCUGCCAAGAAAUAUUUCACAUUGCAGCUGUUCGGAUUUGAAUCAAGUCUGUAAUGUUGGGUUACCUCAGCUUGAGGGAAUGUGUAAAAUAUCUAUCUUGUGCUACUUCUGCAGGCCCAGAAGUCACUGAGGUUUAUUAUUUUUUUAAUUUGUAAACACCCAGACCAUGUGUUCCAAUUUGUUCAUUUAAUUUGAUCAGACCAGGUCAUUAUAUAUUGUAAUAUUUUUAAAAUUGGCACAAUGUAGAGUUUGCACAGUUUGACACUGCUAAGACGUACUUGUCCUUUUUUUUUUUUUUUUUAAUUUUUUGUCAUUGCAGGUGCACUUGUUUUACCCAUAUAUCAAUAAUAAGUAUGUGGUGACUAGCAAUCCCUGUUUAUCCACAUGUAGCAAAACAAAAUAAAAAUGAAUUUAUCCAGAGAAUGACACAGUUAAAUUGACCAGAUUUUCCAAUCCAAGUGUAUAAAAUUUAUACAUGAUCAAAAAUGAGCAAAAAAAUAAAUAAAAGUAACAAUUAAGGUUUGUAUGUUUUCUCUGUGUGAGUGUAUGCAGUAGCUGAAAAAUGUAGAAUUCCUUGUAGUGCUAAAAGUGAGUAUUAUUGCAACAAAGGUGUCUGGGGUCUUUUCUAAAUGGUGAUAGCAUGAAUUUGUCUUUAAAGAAACCAUUUAAAUAGAAAACAGUUUAAAUACUUUAUUAAGGUAAACUGUGAAGACUACAAGUCUGCAGUAGACCUCCAGUUUGGCACAUCUCUUUAAACAGAGGCAUGCUUUUAUUUGUGGCAUCUACAUUAAAUGGGUGAAUCUAAAGCCCCAUAAAAUGGAAAUGCCAGAAAUAAAUAAUAGUACAUUUUUUAAAAGUAUAAUUUGUGCAUUUUAUGUAAAAUGUCAACAGCUCAAAAUAUUUUAAAGUGACAUUAGUCCGAAGUCAUUAUUGAUAUCGUUGAAAGGAGAAGUGUGCUAGUUUCGGUAAUAUUGGCUUGUGUAUGUUAAUAUUGGUCACAUACUGGUUUGGGUUUAUUAGUGGCUACAAAUACAGGAAUGUGCUAGCUACUGUGUGGCGAAUGGUGUUGGACCUUAUGGAGUGGUUGGAUUGUGUCAUUUUAACUGACAAAAGGCACAAAUCACUUUACCUCUGCCUUGCUCUAUAAUACCAAUAAUGUCUUCACGUUUUUAUUUUGCUUUCUGUGCAGAUUUGUUACAGAUGGUAACUGUAAAUUAUAUGUAGGCUUGAUUAGUACAUUGAAGUACUGCAAAUGAAGGAUUGACAAUAAGGAUUUGCUAUUUGUGUUCGAUGUAUUGAUCAGCCCAACUUGGUGCGUCUCUAAUGAAAGUGCAGUGUAAACCUGCAAACCCCCCUUUGUCAACCAAUUCCUUUUUAUUUAAUGGGCACUAUUCUCUUUACAUACUGUAUGUGUGCCACAAUCAGGAUUAUGUGAUAGUAAUGCAAUUCUGUUGUUCCAAGCUGCAUACCCUUUUAACCCAGUGUUUUAAAUCCUUGCUUUAGCUACUCAAGUUCUCUGUCUCUGCCCAUGCUGCCUGACAGGGAAAACUAAGUUAGAACUAUAGUCCGGGUGUCAAUGUGGCAGUGGGGACGACAACUUGCUUAAUUUAUUGCCCAGUACUUUAUAGAUUUAUUGUUGGUAUUUGAAAGCCGUAUAUUUGAUUGUUUAUGGACUGGCUUUGCUUUGACAAUGCUGAAUAUUUUAAUAUAACUGAUCAUUGUGUAACUGUGAAACAAACCAAGCCACCAGACUAGACUUAGGAAACAGAUGUUAGUAAAUAAUUCCGUGCUGCUUAAAGCACACUUUCAUUGGUUUAUUCAGGUACUGGGUUACACUGCAGACUUCGCUUUAGUGCUGCCUGUUUUCCUUUUUUGUUUUCACAACAGACUCUGCAAAUCCCGUGUCAGUGGCUUCCAUCGGGUAUUGGUGGUAGACAAAUCUGUGACAGAGUCAGGCAGCUUUUCUUUCCUUUCUUCUCAAUUCUGUAUCCUACUGUGACAUUGAUAAUGGGAAUUGUACACAGGAGCCAACGCUGCAACACAAGUAGCAGGUUCAGAACUGUAGACCUGGUCUGUGGCACUCUUAACCAUCUCAACAGUUUGGUGGUGUGACCAAGAAAUAGCAAUUGCUGUAAGUGUGUAAGAACAUGCCUUGUAGUGUACACCUCCAUGCCAAGGGUUCCCUUUGCUGAAGUUUUGAAAAGGAAAAAUAAACAAAUGCAAAGCCAAAACUGUAAAACUAUUUUUGAUUAAUGUAUUAUUUGAAUUUUCAUAUUUAGUUUUACCUUUGAAAUGCCUUGUACUCUUAAAUGCAACAGCUGAAUAAAGUGAUACUUCAUUUUCUCA